CGGAGGUCCCGCCCCUCUCGCGCACUUCCCAAUAGGAAAUGUGCCAUAUAUCUGCACUUGCACAUUUUGAUCCUAUUUUGAGCAUGAAAUACUGACAACAUUACUUUAGCGAUCUUGGAGAAGACUGAUGUGAAGUUGUGCCGCUCUAUCGCUCUCGCUGAUGUUCGAGUUCCCUUGGUGCACAUUUUCCCACUUGUCGAACUAUACCAGACUUGGGAAUGAUUAGGUAACCGUUACGACGAGUGUUCAAGCAAUAACCGGAGGAGUAGGUGUUGGCAUGAUCCAGUCGUCGCGCCCUAUCUGGCGCAGCUGAAGAUCUUAGACAUUGGAUGCAGAAACUCGAAGGACUAUGGAUGGAUGGCCGGACAUACCCGCACCCUUGACACACCUUCACCAUUUGCUCGAUCACAGUGGCUUCGACGCUAACGGCACGUCAGCGACUAUAACUCAACCCCGUCAUCCGACAGGAUGUCUGUGCUCCCCUCCUUCACGCUUGGUUCAUUACCGCCGCCUCAGGUUCACCGUCAAGACACUUCAACGCCUAGACGGCGUUUUACAAACAGGCUCGGACCGCGCGCGCAAAGCCAACACUGGUCUUAGACUCCGUGUGUGGAUUCAAUCUUACCUCAUAGUCUUCCAGCUAUGUUGCGUUUCCUCGUCUUGUUGCUUUUCAUCACUUCCGUCUUCGCCGCGACUGCCGAUCAAUGGCGCAGCAGGACCAUCUACCAAUUACUCACGGAUAGAUUCGCGACCACCGACGGACAUGACCCUCAUUGCAACGCCACUGCACGUCAGUACUGUGGAGGAACGUGGAAGGGAAUCAUCAACAAGCUCGACUACAUCCAAGACCUCGGCUUCGACGCAGUCUGGAUUUCUCCUGUCGUCGCGAACAUAGAAGGAAACACGUCCUACGGAGAAGCGUACCACGGAUAUUGGACACGGGACAUGACUGCCCUCAACCCGCACUUCGGCGACGCGAGCGACCUGCAAGCGCUCAGCGCCGAGUUGCACCGGCGCAACAUGCUCUUCAUGGUCGAUAUCGUCGUCAACCACAUGGCGUCUGCCUCCGAUCCCCCAGACUACAACAUCUACCAGCCCUUCUCGUCACAGUCGUCCUAUCACACCGAGUGCUUCAUUCAAGACUGGCAGAACCAGACCAACGUCGAACAGUGCUGGCUCGGGGACACGUCCGUGCCUUUGGUGGACCUCAAUACGGAGGACGACGAUGUCGUGAACACGCUCAAUGCGUGGGUAAAGGACUUGGUUACCACGUACUCGAUCGACGGGCUUCGUGUCGAUACUGUCAGGCAUAUCCGGCAGGACUUCUGGCCUGGGUUUGCAGACGCCGCUGGGGUGUUCAUUCUGGGCGAGGUUCAACACCCAAACACCUCUUACGUCGCUGACUAUACUCACAAAAUUGACGGCGUGCUCGACUACCCCACCUGGUACUCCCUCGUCCCUGCCUUCACCAACACAUCCGGUAACAUCACCGAUCUCGCGCGGAAGGUGUGGGAAGCGCAGGCUCAGUACAAGACGGGAGAGCUCCUGGUCGGGUCAUUCUUGGAGAACCACGACAACCCGCGCUUACCGUCGUUCAUACAAGACAACGCGCUGAUCAAGAACGCGAUAACGUGGCCCUUUAUGAAUGACGGCAUACCCAUCCUCUACCAAGGUCAGGAGCAGACUUACGCUGGGGGGGAUGAUCCCGAGAAUCGCGAAGCGCUCUGGCUGUCCCAGUACAUACAGCAAAGGCCACUAGUGACGCACGUCAAGAUCCUUAAUGCCGCGCGCCGAGCCGCCAUGGCGUACAACGCUAAUUUCCUCAAAACGCCAGCGAUGCUCUUCGCCGUUUCCCAGAAGACCCUUGCGAUCUCGAAGCCGCCUCUGCUCACGCUCCUGACCAAUGUCGGGAGCAGCUCCACGCCCAACUGGAACGUGCCCGACGCGGGGUACAAGCCUGGGGAGACGCUCGUCGAUGUGCUGACCUGCAACACGAUCACUGUGGAUAAGAACGGUGGGGUCAUCGUCGCGGGGCACGCGGGCAACCCACAGGUCCUGCUCCCGGCGUCGGCGUUGAGCCCGAAGGGGACGAUGUGCUCGAACAUCGCGACGGGCACAGGGGAGCACCAGGUUUCCUCGGCGACGCACAACACGCCCGGCGGUGGAGACGACUUGCGCUCGCAGAUCGGGUGGGCGAUGUCGCUUGCGAUACCGCUUACACUGCUCUUCCUCGCGAGCCAGACGACUUUGUUUUUAGGAUGAGGACGUGGCGUCCUAGCGGGUGUUCGGUAUCUCGUUCGUUCGAGCACAAAAGUCUACUCACUCCUUUCCUUAAUCAUUUCGGUCGUUACCAAAACGUUGUGUACUGUACCUUACACUUAUUUCCGUUGUACUUAGC